UGUUGCUAGGCAACGAAACGCAAACAGGUGCACUACUCAGCGUCUAGCUAACUGAAGAAUUUGGUGUAGCAUAGCUAGAAAGUUGUUUAAAACUUUUCAGUUAAAGAUACAAUAUAAAGACUUAAGGUACCUUGCAUGCCUCUGUUGCUGUUACAUGUGAAUUAAAGUUCAAUAUGACUGACGGAAAUACCUCUUACCAAUUGAAACAUAACGUUACAGAUAGAUGUCCAAACAUACCGACGGCCGGGAAAGUUAUACCUGUAACAGACGGGACUAAAUCCUGUUUACAAGAAGCGGAGAGGCCCCCCACCCCACCAGUGGUUAGGACAUUCCGCAACAGCAUCCUACCAGAACCAGGAGCUAUCAGAGUGCACAAAGGGAAGGCAAAUGAUCCAGAUGUUGCCAAAACCCUUGUUCAUGGCAUUAGCACCAAAUCUUCCCUCACUGGCAGACGCUUGAUAAAUCCUCCCCAAAAGACCUUGUUCCAUCAAAGGUUACAAGAGCUCAGGGAAUCGGUGUACGCCUCCAGUCAAAAGGCACCUUUGGGCAGGUCACACGAUCAGCGUGUUGGACUUCCUGCCUGGAAUAACGACAAAACUACGUAUGGCGUGAAAACACUUAAAGGGUUGGCUGUGCGUGAGAUUAUUAACCCUUCAAAAACAGCAGAGGAGGUGGACAGGGAAGCUCAGGAGGGACACGAGACUUACAUCCGUAGCCACAAUGCCUAUUUUACUGCUUGCUCUACUCCAGGUGAGCGUAUUGAUAGGAAGUAUGACUGGAAUCGCUACAGUAAAGACAGCAGGUUUGGAAUUCUCACACCUCAUUUCAAUGACGGACGUAAUCUCGGCAAAACUCUCCACUGGCUGGGGGAGACACAAAAGUUUUACAAUCCAAAGAUUGUUUGGAAGAGAUCUGGGAACAAGGAAAAGAUGGCCCAACUAAUGGGCAAAACAACCAAUGUGAGAGGAAAUACCUUGAAUCUUCCACCAGAUCACACCUUUGGAACUCUUUUACCGCCGGAUGAAUUUGGUGUUGGAGCUAUAAUUCACUCCACGGAGCCAGGCCAGUACGUGAGUGGCCGAGACCGACAGCGCAGCCUGGUCAACGCAGUGCGGCACCACCUGAAGAAGGUCAAUUUCCACAACUUCCCCUCCCUGCUGCAGGCGUUCAGACAUUAUGACCAGGCAGGCAAGGGAAUGAUUGACAAAGAGGACCUGCAGGCAGUGUGCAGUCAGUUCCAGCUGGACGUGAGCAGACAGGUUCUGGAUGACCUGAUGGACUACUGUGACACAGACAAGGACGGACUAAUCAACUUCCUGGAGUUUGCUAACUUCCUCAACUGGAAGGACAAGAUGCCCAUCAACAGUCGAGAGCAAUGCAUUAUGACGAAUGCAGAGCGUCAGACCAGCACGGCUCCAGCCAACAUUGAAAGGAAGCCUUCGCCAGAAUCGGCACAGCGUCCUGCCUCUGAGGCCUUGAUUAAGCCUGAGGACCUGGAGCCCGUUAAGCCAGGCAGCUCACUGAAGACCGUCAGGACCUUGAGGCGACCCAGGGCAGCCCCAGACCACUUCAUCACCUCGUCCACCCUCAUCGGGUCUGUGAGUGAUCCGUCCACAUCAAGCAGCCGCGCCUAUGGGAUCCCGUCUGUGCGAUCGGACCUUCCGGCUCCACGCAUAAAGAGAGUCAGUGACCAUAACAACUACGGUGAUACAUCCACGGCUGCAGAUCUCCUGCAUCCAUCAGUCCAUGCCCUUCGGGGUGUUCAUGAGGAACACUUCUUCUGUCCUCGCACCAAGAAGGAGAUUGCAGAAAUCUUCAGGAAUGUGGGUGUUAAUGUUUGUCAGGAGACAUUCGACGAGGCCUGGAAGCUGGCGUCCAUGAAGAAUCCGGCCGGGGAGGAGGAUGAAGUCAAUUUUACAGUGCCCAGUGCAUCAACUGGUGGCUGGUACCACGUCAAUACAGGACUGAGCUGCUGCACCUUCUCUGUUGGCAAGACUGGCGCACUUUGCAAGCACCAAAGUGCAGUGGUGCAAACAUUUGGUGUGAGUGAGACACUCCCACUAACAAGCACACCUCAUCUCAGGAAGCUCUUCUAUGAAAUUGCUUCAGGAGGGACCACUCCAGAUGACUGGUUUGAAAGCUUGACUUAUGAACAGCCUGUGGAGCCAAAGUCAGUGUUGGAGGACCACCGGUCCAGUCAAGAGGAGGCUGUCGACACAUCAGCUGGGCCCAGCACAGGGACAGAGUCUUUGGAGAGGGAGCUGGAUGGCAUUUUGGGGAUCCUCAAAAAAAAAAGACCUCUUCAGUCAUUUGUGGACAAUUUAAAAAAAAUUAAAACUGACAGUGCUGUCCAGUCAUCUUUGUUCUCCUAUGGAAAGACCAGCUGUGUGCCUACUAGGAUCCGUGCCACACCAAGGGGAUUUCUGCAAACGACCACUAAGAUUGGUGUGCAGCCAACGGCGGUGUCGCGCAAAAAGGCAGCUUUGGGGGGAAGAAGAGCUCUGGGUGAUUCCACGUUGCACGGCGUUCGUUGUUUACUUGCGGGAGCCAUCUUGGAAACCAGUCAUGACUAGUCGAACGCCGUGCAACGUGGAAUCUCCAUAGACAGUAUGGGAAUCUCAGACUCAUUUGCUCGUUUUCGACUAGUCAUGACUGGUUUCUAAGAUGGCUCCCGGUUUUGAGCGGUAUGCACCCCUAGUGGGGAAGAAAAAGCAAUUCAAUUGAAGCACUUACCAUGAGAUCACAGGUUCACUUAGUUUCAAAUGGUUAUAAUGACAUGCAUGUCUGUGUAUGUCUGUUUUCUUGUAUUUCACUUACCUCAUGGAAUAUUUUCCAUGUGUACUCAUUUGGGUGUACAUACAGAAGAAGGUUCACUUAGUUUGAAGUGGUUAUAAUGGCAUCAGCGAAUGUUUGUUUCUUUGAACUGCUUUAAUUUAUCAUUUUAUUUCAUCUAUUAAUUUUAUUCUAAAGGUGAAAUGAAUGCAAGAUGGGUUAGGGUUGCAAGAUGUAUCCAAAGUCAGUGAGUCUAAUCUAUUCUGUUGACUUUCCCUAUCUGCGUUGUUCUAUUGGCCUAGAGCAGUGGUUCUCAAACUUUUUUCAAUAAUGUACCC